AUGUCGUCGAACACCGAUUCAGCCCGUCGAACCGCGGAGGCGCGAGCCGCAGUCACAGCAUCUCUCUCCUCCGUUGGAAGCUCCGUAGAUGCCGGACUACGAGCACGCGCCAAAGACCUCCAUGCAAACGAAGCGGCAAUCCUCAAACAAGAGAAGGAGCUUGCGGAGCAAACCGCCGCAUUGAAGAAGGAAGCCGCGCAAUGGCAGAAGCUGGCGGAUACAAGCACAAAGCAGCUCAAUCAGAUUGGCGAUAUCCAGAACUGGGCCGAGAUGAUUGAGCGCGAUUUGCUGGUCGUUGAAGAAACGUUAAGGCUUGCGGAGGGUAAACCCGCGGCGGAAAAUGCCAGCGGAACGAACGGGUGGGCUCGGUGA